AUGCGCGGGAAUGUGAACAAAGGAAAAGUCUUUAGCUGGGAGGAGGUGUUCGCCCAAGCCGUGACCAAGACGGCCGGCAAGGGAGGAAAGAAGCGCAGAAAGUCCAGGAAGGAGAGUUAUGCCAUCUACGUGUACAAGGUGCUGAAGCAGGUCCACCCCGACACCGGCAUUUCGUCCAAGGCGAUGGGCAUCAUGAACUCGUUCGUCAACGACAUCUUCGAGCGCAUCGCCGGUGAGUCGUCCCGUCUGGCUCAUUAUAACAAACGCUCCACCAUUACGUCCAGGGAGAUCCAGACCGCCGUGCGCCUGCUUCUUCCCGGCGAGCUGGCCAAGCACGCCGUGUCCGAGGGCACCAAGGCCGUCACCAAGUACACCAGCUCCAAGUAAAAAGUGAUGAAGACUUCAU